AUGACUUCCAAGUCCGAGCUCCCUUCCUACGACGCGGCCGCCGAGAAGGCAUACAACGAGACAAAGAUGAAACCAAAGAUGUGCCAACACACCGCGUCCGAGACAACCCACAUCGAUGCUCAGCUGCAACAACCCUUCGCCAAAGCCGCCAUGCGAACGUUGAGUGAUGCAUUGGCGAACAUCGCAGACAACGAGCAGUGCACCAAGUGUGCCACGGAGUCUGCCACUCUGGCGUUGACCGGCUUCCUUCGUGAGAUCCACGAUGAUAAGAAGAGCGGCCAGUGGUCGAAGCAGGAGCAGAAGGCUUUCAAGUCGGAGGCCAAAGGCUUGUUCAAGGGGAUGAAGGGCGAUGUGAAGAGUGUCUGGAGCAACAAGCAGGUUGGUGUAGCGUCCGGUUGA